UGAGAUUGACAUAUCAAUUAUAAAUGUUUGUGUAUUGAGAUUAUUAUUAAUUUUUUAAUUUAAAUUUUUAUAUUUUGUGUUAUUUAGUGUAAUUUACUUGUUCAGUGCAGUUUUUAAUUUGCCACAGCCUCAAUAAGAAAAACAGGAACAUCUCCAAAAAGUCAACUUAGAGAAAAACAUUAAAAUUUGUCUCCUAAAUACUACAAAGAUCCAUUCAAAAAUGCUUUAAAACCAUGAACCAUUUCCUAAUAAUUAUCUCAACUUUAUCCCUAGCAGUCGUGAAUUGUGACCAAAAAAACCUAACGCAAAAAUUCGACCCAUUAGGCCCCCUAGUAAAAUGUUCCUAUUUACCAUGGGAAUUCAUCGACUGCGAUGACCCUAUUGACCAUAAGGGCAACAAAACUGCUAUGGAAGAAUUGGGCUACGGUUGCAUUAAAUUUGGUGGAAUGCGUUACGAAGACGUCACAAGAACCAAAGUAAUCUGCAGAGCCUUAGAGAAAAUCGAGUGCUACGGCAACAGGACAUUUUUCAAAGAAAGCGUACCUUGCAUUAAAUAUUCGAAUCACUAUUUUACAACUACUUUAUUGUAUAGUAUUCUGUUAGGGUUUUUGGGCAUGGAUAGAUUUUGUUUGGGGCAAACUGGCACGGCCGUAGGGAAAUUAUUAACUGUUGGAGGCUUAGGAAUUUGGUGGCUAGUGGACAUAGUGUUGCUAGUUACAAACAAUUUGGUGCCUGAAGAUGGAAGCAAUUGGAAUCCUUAUGUUUAAGUUUUAAAUGUGAUUUUAUUUUUAAGGACUAAAAUAAACAGUUAGGUUCUUAUAUAUUUAUAUAGGCUUUUAUUUAACUAGUUUAAGUAAAUCGUUUUCAUUGAAAUAGACUGCAGAUGUUGUAGAGAUGACUAUUACAACUUCAUAAGUUCAUAGUACAUACUGCAUAUUGGAAAUAAUGAAAAACAUGAGGAAAAACAUAAUCAAACCUCAUAGUAUGAAGAAAUAGAAUUUGAAAAAUUUUAUACAGAAAAAUUAUAAAACAUACAUAAACAACUUCAAUCUAAAUAAAGAAAUGUUUCCUCAAACAAACUUUAGGAAACACCUCGGGAAACACUAACAAAUAUUAUUCAAGAAUGUUCACAUAAGAAGAUAUAAAUAAAGAAAAACAAUGAAGAUUGGUUUCAUCAAGAACUCUAUUACUGAGAAAGGAAUAUGAUGAACUGUAACAGGGAAAAAAAUAAAUCGCUAUAAUGGAAAGAAAUAUUCAAAAUUAUAAAGUUAUAAAAAAGAUGAUAAAAGGAAACGAAAAAAAAUACUUCAAAGAAAAAUUUGAAGUAUCAAUUUCUAGAAGAAUUUGG